AUGAAUAACAGAGUUUGGCAUAAGCAGUGUUUUAAAUGUACAGUAUGUGGGAUGACGCUGAAUAUGAAAAACUACAAGGGUUAUGAUAAAAUGCCGUACUGUGAACCACAUUACCCAAAAACUGUGGCGUCAGUAGUAGUUGAUACCCCGGAAAUGCGAAGGCUUGCCGAGAAUACGAGGUUGCAAAGUCAGGUUAAAUACCAUGAAGAUUUUGAACGUUCGAAAGGUCAGAGGAUACAGGUGGCAGACGAUCCUGAAGUGAUGAGACACUUGCGGAACACUCAAGUACAGUCUCAGGUCGCCUAUCAUGGCGAUAUUGACAAGAAAAGGCAGCAAGAUGAGGUACGCCCAGCAGCUGAACAAGUUCAGCCGACGUCCCCGAACGGACAAAUCUACGCAACCAAUAACACUCCAGAGUCGCCAUCGACUUACAUCCCGACGGCAGCGGCUGCAGCUUCAACACCGUAUAACAGUCGUUUGGCUUCCCAGACAGGAACUAUAAUAUACUCAUCUGAACAUGGUGGAAGAGUUCCUCCUCAACAACGGCAGGUGGGAAGUAUUGCUGACUAUGAUCCUUUAAAUGGUAACUGGGGUUCUGUUGGUUCCAGUCGUGCAGCAGAAAAAAUCGGUCAAAAUAAAGGUUCUAAAACGUCACAGAAAGCAACGACAGGUAAUCAGAAUGUUGGAGGCGCAGUGAAGAAUGAAACAAGUAAUAUGUCGACGAGAAAAGGUUCAUCAACGGGAUUGACGGUCAAGGCACUUUACGAUUACACUGCUGCAGAUAAGGACGAGGUUUCGUUCGCAGAAGGCGACAUAAUUGUGAACUGCCAGAAGGUGGAUGAAGGUUGGAUGACUGGCACGGUACAAAGAACACUACAGUGGGGAAUGCUGCCAGCGAAUUACGUUGAAGUUAUAAAACAACCUACCGGUCUUCAUUAUCUCAGCUGA